UUCUGUCAGUUGCGCAGCUGUGUGGGGCACAGCCUGUGGGACAGGGCUUUCGGCUCCUUGCUUUUCGUUGUUGGGAUUGAGUCCGUUUUGGAGAGUCCCCGCGGCAGCCGUCACCAUGUCGGUCCCAAGCGCACUCAUGAAGCAGCCGCCCAUCCAGUCUACGGCUGGGGCCGUCCCAGUUCGAAACGAGAAAGGUGAGAUCUCAAUGGAAAAGGUGAAGGUGAAACGAUAUGUGUCCGGAAAGAGACCAGAUUAUGCCCCUAUGGAGUCCUCAGAUGAAGAGGAUGAAGAAUUUCAGUUCAUUAAGAAAGCUAAGGAACAAGAAGCAGAGCCUGAGGAACAGGAGGAGGACUCAUCCAGUGACCCCCGACUUCGGCGGUUACAGAACCGCAUCAGUGAAGAUGUGGAAGAGCGAUUGGCUCGACACAGAAAGAUCGUGGAACCUGAAGUAGUGGGAGAGAGCGACUCAGAAGUAGAAGGGGAUGCUUGGCGCCUGGAACGAGAAGACAGCAGUGAGGAAGAGGAGGAAGAGAUUGACGAUGAAGAAAUUGAGCGGCGCCGUGGCAUGAUGCGUCAGCGAGCACAGGAGAGGAAAAAUGAAGAGAUGGAAGUCAUGGAGGUGGAAGAUGAAGGGCGCUCUGGGGAGGAGUCUGAGUCAGAGUCUGAGUAUGAGGAGUACACAGACAGUGAGGAUGAAAUGGAGCCUCGACUUAAGCCUGUCUUCAUUCGAAAGAAGGAUCGGGUGACAGUUCAAGAACGAGAAGCUGAAGCAUUGAAACAGAAGGAACUGGAACAAGAAGCAAAACGCAUGGCUGAGGAGCGGCGCAAGUACACCCUCAAGAUUGUAGAAGAAGAGACCAAGAAAGAGCUAGAGGAGAACAAGCGGUCUCUUGCUGCCCUGGAUGCGCUCAAUACUGAUGAUGAAAAUGACGAGGAAGAAUACGAGGCAUGGAAAGUCCGCGAGCUCAAAAGAAUCAAGAGGGAGAGAGAAGACCGAGAAGCGCUUGAAAAGGAGAAAGCAGAAAUUGAACGCAUGAGAAACCUGACUGAGGAAGAAAGGCGGGCAGAACUUCGGGCAAAUGGCAAAGUCAUUACCAACAAAGCUGUUAAAGGCAAAUACAAGUUUCUACAGAAGUAUUAUCACCGAGGUGCCUUCUUCAUGGAUGAGGAUGAAGAAGUCUACAAGAGAGACUUUAGUGCACCUACUCUUGAGGACCAUUUCAACAAAACCAUUCUUCCUAAAGUCAUGCAGGUCAAGAAUUUUGGACGGUCUGGUCGCACCAAGUACACCCACCUUGUGGAUCAAGAUACCACUUCCUUUGACUCUGCAUGGGGCCAAGAGAGUGCCCAGAACACAAAAUUCUUUAAACAAAAGGCAGCAGGGGUACGAGAUGUAUUUGAGCGACCAUCUGCCAAGAAGAGGAAAACCACCUAGUCUUCAGCUUAUUCCAGCUGUGGGACACAAGGGGAUCUGGUCAAUUCUCUUGAACCAUUAUUUACAUGGUUCUUGUAUAGAGCUUUCCAGACUUGCGGCCAUAACUUGUGUUUGAAGGUGCUUUCUAAGAGGUUUGGACUCAUACCGAGAAACCCACAGAAAAGCACUAACCGGGUAGGCUAGAGGCUUCCAGCUUAAAACCACUCCUGAGAAAUCUUAUGUUUCUCACCUUGGCUUCCCACAUUGACUUGGGACUAUUCUGAGUGUUUGUCUAGCCUGGAUCAGAUACCUGGACAUAUGGAUGGAUGGUGUAUUCUUUCUUUCUUCUUUUUUUCUUUUUUCUUUUUCUUUUACAUUAUUUCUUCCUUAGGGUUAGGAGUAGGCUAUCAGGAAAUCCAAGCUCAGUCCAACCUGUUUUCCAUUUGUGGUGUUGAAUCUUAUAAAUAUACAUUUUGGUGUGUGGGUGUGUGUGUGUAAGAGAGAGAAACUGUAUACUAAAAACAUUUUUACUAUAAUAUUAGAAACAAAAGUCUAGUCCAGUGAACAGAGCAGCACAUGCCUUCAGUCCCCACACCAGAAGUUAGGGACCUAUGAAGAUCUCUCACUCCAGGCCAGCCAUAACUACACAGUGGGCCCUGUCUCAAAAAGAAAAAAGAAUUGUAGUAACUAAAAGUAGCUCGGUAGGUUACACACACCUGUAAUCCCAACACUUGGGAGGUAGAAGCAGGAAAAUGAAGAAUUCACUCAUCCAAAGUGGACAUGGUGGCAGACACCUUUAAUCCCUGCACCAGGAGGCAGAGACAGGCAGAUCUGAGUUUAAGGCCAUCCCUGUCUACAGAGUAAGAUCUGGGAUCACCAGAACUACACAGAGACACCUUGUCUCAAAAAAUAAAGAGUUCAGUCAUCAAUCUACAUAGUUCAGGACCUUCCUAGACUCUAUAAGACAGCCUAAGAAGCAAAACAAAAAAAAUGUAAAAUAUAGCAGGGAAAUAGGCAAAUUUUUUUCCUCCCUACUAGAAUUGGAACCCAGGGCCUAGAAAAUACAUGCCAAGUGUUCUACUGUUGAAUUAUAUCCCUAGUUCUUUUAUUUUCGUGUGUGUGUGUGUGUGUGUGUGUGUUUUUUAAAGUCUCACUAAUCUACUUACGCAGUUCUUGAAGUUGAGAAACCCUGCCUACAAGUCUUAGCAACCUGAGUUUGAUCCUAUAGAUGAACAUAGCAGUAGAUAACUCAGUCUGGCAACCAGCAAAUUGACAUCUGACUUCCAUAUGUAUUCUAUGGAAUGUAUGAAUUAGUGUUCACAUGAGAUGUAUUUAAAAAGCAAAGUGUAAAAAAAAAAAAGAAAAAGCCACAAGUGUGGUUGAGCACACCUUUAAUCCCUGCACUGGGGAGGCAGAGGCAGGUGAAUCUCUGAGUUUGAGACCAUCCUGGUGUACAGAGUGAGUUCCAGGAUGCCCAGGGCUAAAACAGAAAUCCUGCUUUAAAACACCAAAAAUAAUGACGAUAAUAGUAAUAAACUUGUGUUCCUACCACUAAAAUGGGGAACCAAGUCUAGGACCUUGUAUAUACUAGGCAAGUACUGUAACAGAUUAUCUUCCAGGCUCCUACCAGUUCAUAUUUUGAUCAUCUUUUGAUCUCUGAAACAAACUCAGGCAUUAGAGAAUAAUUAAGUGUACCCAUAACUUUUUAUUCUAUGUGCAAAUUCAAAUGUUUUUGGGGUUUGUUUUGUUUUGUUUUGUUUUUGAGACAGGGUUUCUCUGUGUAGCCCUGGCUGUCCUGGAACUCACUCUGUAGACCAGGCUGGCCUCGAACUCAGAGAUCCACAUGUUUUUAUAUCUUAGUUUUUAACUUUCCACUUGGGUGCUGGGAAUAAAACUUGAGUCCUCUGGAAGAGAAGCCAGUGCUCUUACCCUCUGAACAAACUCAGAUUUAUUUGGUGGUCUUUGUUCUCUAUCUUCUAGCCUUGUGUUCAACAAUGACUUAUAC